UGUAAACUUGUUCAAAGUUCGGAAUCGCUUGAAUGAUUUCGGUAAUGUUCGCCACGAUAAAACGUUGGCACGGCCCUGGUCAGGUAGUAUAAAACCUACGCACCGUACACAGAUAGGGAUAAAACUGGUGACCGUGAGUUACCCUCUUCCCCUCUCAUAGCCUAUCUGCGGACCUUGACGAGUGGAAUUGGGACGAUCGCGGUCGCGGGCGUGAUAGGUUGGAAAUCGCAUUCUGGAGGCAGUUUAUCGAAAGUCUCAUGACAAGCGGGUACAAAGUAUGGCCAUCAAGAAUUCACACGCUGCUUCAGAAUCGGAGGAAGAGACAGAGGUUCAGGAAGAUCCAGGAUUUUGUCAAUCCUACUUCGGAUGGAUUCGUCACGCGACUGUAGAGCCAACUAUGUGGCUUUAUGUGAUGGCCUUCAUGAUUAAUUCCGUGGUCGAGCAAUCUUUUUUCAUAUACAAAUCGUGCCUCGUUGAUCACGGACUUUCAGUAAAGACUUGCGAAACUUUAGCCGAGAAUGAUACGCUUCAAGCGCAAGUUCAAGUGACGGUAGCAAACUUCCUUCAAUGGAACAACGUCGCCGCCCAUGUGGUGCCCAUAAUAUUGGCACUGUUUUCCGGAAGUUGGAGCGAUCGUCGAGGUCGUAAGAUUCCGUUGAUCAUAGCUCUGUUUGGAAAAGUGAUUUACUUUUUAAUGAUGGCUGUCAACUCUGUGAUGGAUUCGUGGAAUCUGAACAGGAUCAUUUAUACCGCUACUUUACCAAUGGCCAUGUUUGGAAGUGACAUUGCAAUUUUCGCAAGCUCAUAUUCUUACCUUACGGAUGUUUCUAGCAGCGCCCAAAGGACCCUCAGAUUAACAAUUCUAGACGCUAUAUAUUACAGCACAGUACCCGGUGGCGUUGCUGUGGGCUUGUAUCUCUUCACUAACGUCGUCAACUCCUCGUACACUAUUAUGUUUCUGAUAAAUGCCACCCUGAUGCUGCUGUCACUUAUUUAUUCCGCUGCAAGGUUACAGGUGAGAACGACCCCGCAGCAAAGGCCCUUGGGAAAGGGAGAGAACAUUAUCGGUGAUUUUUUUGACAGAGAGCAUAUAAUCGCGAGCAUAAAAACUCUGAUUAAAUCGAGACCUGGACAUAGAAAAUUAUGCUUAUGGAUUCUUCUACUUGCAACCAUGUUGUUUACUUUUGAGAGAGAGGAAUUCCACAUGACCUAUUUGUACACUCAACGAGUAUUCUCAUGGAGCAUGGAUAGUUUCAGCCAAUGGAGAAUGUUCCAAUCGACUUUGUUCAUCUCAGCUAUGCUGAUAGGCGUUCCUAUAUUGAGCAAAUACUUGAGAAUGCGAGACGAACUCAUCGCUAUAAUUGGAUCAUUUUUUCACGCUUUAGCACGAAUAAUUAUUGCGACAACGACCCUCCCUGGAUUUUUCUACGUGGGUAGUGCCAUCGCAGCCUUGGGGUAUAUCAGAAUGCCCGUCCAGAAAUCCAUGAUUUCAAAAAUCGUUCCUGUUUCAGAACGAGGAAAAUUGUUCGCGUUUUCGUCUGUAUGCGAACACGCGACGCCACUGAUCAGCGGGUUUCUAUACUCACAAGUUUAUAACGCGACGAUUUAUACGGCACCAGAAUCGAUAUACUGGCUCGUAUUCUUCACCCAAAUUACAGUCCUGCUUAUGCUCGUGAUAAUUUACGUGCUUCUUGGAAAACAACAAGUGGAUGCAGAUAAUAUAGAUGAUGGUGAAGCCUGUCCUGAUAAACCGAAGAAGCUGAGCCAAGCAGUUCAAAUGGACGAGAUCAGUAGAAUGAUGGACUGAGAAACCUAUUCUUUAAUUUAUGGUAAAUCAUAAACCAGCGAAUACCUACGCGAUGAUAGUACAUAAAUGUCCGAUGUGAAAUAUUCAGAAUAAAUGUUGGAGAAUCUCUGCGCUA